AAAAUAUAGCACUAACUCCGAAUAUACCCAAAGUAUAAUAAUUCCGCUGCAAAUGAAACGGCGUGCCCUUCGAUCUUCUCGGUUUCCUAAAUUUUUCCGAUAUGCGUCUAUCUUCCAUAUCAACGAACAAAUCAACAAGAAAAUUGAAGAAGAAUGGCUAAAUUUUCAUUUUGACGCACAACAUAACCACACUUUCCGCGGAAGAAGAAGAUCGUACAUUUGAACUACUGGCGGCAACUUCGAAAAAUUAAGGGAUUUUUUAUUUUUUUUGUUAAAUUUGUAUAUUUUGUAUAGAUACUAUCAAUAAUGUUUAAAAUAGCAAUUUAUCAGGGUUGUUUUUGUGUAAUAUUCAUAUUUUUUUAGUUUGUUUAUAUUACAAAAUACCAAUACUGCUAAAUUAACAAUUUUUUUCGCCUAAUUAUUUUUGGGUGUUGAUUAAUAUAAAAGAAUGCAUUUCUACAAACAUACACAGUGGUAAAUUCACCAUAAAUUAUAAAUUUAUUGUUUAUCAACUCGCACAGUUAUUAUAACACUAAACAUUUUUUUGUUAAUGUUUUUAUUCUUGCAAUUCAGUUUUUUAAUUUCAGUUAGGUAUUUUGGGUGUAAAAUGGAUGAAAUAAAGCAUGUGUGUAUAAUCUGCGUUAAGAAACUUAAGAAAAAUGAGACAAUUGAGUUUAUUUUUACGAAAAUAAAUAUGCUGAGUUUCAUAGUGCCAAAUUUGGAUCUAAAAAUAAGAAAAAAUUCAAAAAUAUGUAAAAGUUGUUUAAAAAGUCUAGAAACUUCGUAUGAGUUUAAAGAAAUGGCGUAUAAAAAUGAAAAUAGGAUAAGCAAUGAGUCAAAAAAAUCUGGAAUGAUAAGUUUGGAUGUUUUUAUUGAUAAAAACAAGUUAAAAAGUGAACUUAUUUGUAGGAUAUGUUUGAAAAAUAGUCCUAAUAAUAAUAUUCCUUUAUAUUUUGAGCAAAACUAUGCCAAAUCUUACAAAUUAGUUAGAAAUAUUAUUAAUACAUGUGAUAUAGAAAUUGACUUGGAUCUCACAGAAAAACCAAUUUUAUGCAAUAAUUGUUGGAUAAUUCUCCAAAAUUUUUACACUUUUAGACGUUUUUGUUUUGAAAGUAACAAAAAAAUUGCGAAUUUGUUUAAUUUAAGUAAAAAAAAAAUUCUAAAAUCACUGCAAAUGGUAAAAUCAUCAAACAUUGCAAUAAAAAAUAAGUUCAAAUGGCAAAAUGCCUUAAAAAUGUUAACAAGAAAUAAUUUAAGAAAACUAGAGGCAACUUUAGAGGCCCAGCUAUUUAUGUUGUUGAAAAAACAAAACAAAAAACGCGCCACAAGAAGAACAAACUUUAACGCCCAAAAAAUCACAAGUUUACACAUGAAGGAAGAUUUCUCCGAUUCCGAUGAACCUCCCAAAUCCCCCUCCCCCACAAACCAAGGCUUCAUAUUCACUCCCAUCGAAAUAACCAACUCCAAACUCAAAAACAUCAUCAACAAAAAAACAGUCAGCGAAGCAGUGAUAAUGGACGAAAAAGACACGGUGGUCAAGGAAAAAUUCGCGUUUAGAAUGCGCAAGAGGCCUGGCAACAUUGUAAUAGGCAGCAUAGUGGGCGGAGCCAACCUUAAAAAAGUUGACAGGGUCGAGGAUUUGAGCAUUGAGGGGGUUAUUAAUAGAAUUGCCGAAAAUGACGAGGAUGUCGAUGAAGAUACUUCGUGUAUUAAGAUAGAGCGGGGAAAUUAUAAUGAAGAAGAAAACAAGUAUGUUUGCCUAAAAUGCCCGUUCAAAACUGAAUACAAACACCACUUAUUCAGGCACUUGGUGUUACACGGGAAUACGGAAAAUUUCAAGCGUUUUCAGUGCCUGUAUUGCCCCUACAAGGCCAUCAAAAAGCAGUACUUGAAGUCUCACUUGUUGCAGCACGACCCGAACGCUUUAAAAUUCAAGUGCACCCACUGCAACUACCUGACCAACAGAAAAGAUAGACUUAGACUUCACACAGAGACCCAUUUGAAGGAUUCCCUGCCGAGGAACUUCAAGUGCCCGAAAUGCCCAUACACAGCUAUCCGCAAAAUGAACCUCAAGUCGCACAUGAUAACGCACGAGGGCGCUUUAAAGUACGAAUGCAAAAAAUGCGAGUACAAGACGAAAAGGAAAUCGCAUCUCAACACACACAUGCUGAAGCAUGCGGACCCAGAGAAGGUUUACAUAUAUAAUUGUUCGCACUGCUCUUAUAAGGCCAAAAGAAAACACCAUUUACUGGUGCACACCCAAAAGGGCUGCAAAGGUAAAAAAAAUAACACAAAUCCGGUUAAAAGGAGCGAAAUUUAAGUUGUUAUGAUUUGGGGUUCUUAUUACAUGAUAUAUUGUUAAUUUUAUACUUACAGAAGUUUAUUUAUGUUAAUUUUCAAUAAAAAUCUUUCUUAACUAA